CUUAAUUACCAAACUCUGCUUAAUGGUGGCGGUGGGGCGCGCAUUCUGCUGUAUCUAUGCAUGCAUCCAGUGGCGGCAAUGCAACAACGAAUGUAACGUACUGGAACAUAGCUCCAAGCACAACGAACACACAGCCUAGCUAGCUAGGAUGAGCUCUGUGGCGGCAAUACUCACUGGCAUGCAGCUCUUGGUGAUGUGCUUCAUGGGUGCUGCGCCGCGAGUGCCCUGGCUCGUUUCUGGAGUCGCCGACGACGGCGGCCGAGGAGGGAUCCUGUCUAUCCCUUCCGCGGCCUCCCUGGCGCACUGUCCCACUAGGUGCGGAGAGGCCGGCAUCUCCUACCCGUUCGGGACCGCGCCCGGCUGCUUCCGGCAAGGCUUCGAGCUCACCUGCGACCACAGCACCAGGCUCUUCUUGACCAACAACACCACUGAGAUCCUUGCCGCGGACGUCAACUCGGCCUAUGCUUCGAUCGCCUUCAACAUCACCUUGACGCCAGGCAAGACCACCUACACCGGGUCAUGGGAGUCGCCUGCCGAGGGCUUGAACAUCGAUUUUGGCAGCUACAUGUAUGUUGUUGGCUGCGACAUCGAGGUCGUCCUGUUCGAUUCUGGGACGAACCUGACCAUUGGUUCUUGCAUAAGUAUGUGCUUAGACAACAAGGCCCUCAUGGGUAAAGUGGACGUAGCUGUGCAUGGGCAGUGCAACGGCUUGGGCUGCUGCAGCAUCGGUUUGUCGGCAUAUAUGAGAGGCUUCCGCUUCACGCUGUCCCGCAGGCGGGACGGCGUCAAAACACGAUCACGAUCAUCAGAUGCAGAGCCCUCCAUCGUCAAGGUUUUCUUAACGGAACAAGAUUAUUUCUUUGACACCAGAGACCUCUACUCGAGCUGGAUAAUCGGGAAUUUUCCGGUAAAGCUGAUAGUUUUCAUCACGGACCAGCCAAGUUGUGAAGUCGCAUCUGCAAAUAAAGGAACAUAUGCAUGCAGCCCUGGUAGCUCAUGCGGGAUGCGAAAGUCGGGGGCAGGUUACUCCUGCUACUGCAAUGAUGAUCCUACUAGCGUAGGGGGCAAUAAUCCCUACAUUUUGGAUGGCUGCAUCGAAGGUUACAAUCCCAAUCCUAGGGGAAAUUGUACGAGGUGGUGCGGAAACAUGUCCAUCCCUUUCCCUUUUGGGUUGGAAGAAGGUUGCUUUGCUCAUGAGAAAUUCCGGCUUGCUUGUGUGGAUAAUAAGUUCACUGUUCUCGACCAUGUUCUUGACCGCCGCGCAAAAUAUCAUAUCACCAAUUUGUCGGUAGAAGGUGGAUACUUGGAUAUAGCCGGCAUGCUGAAUGAUUCGAGCAGCAGCGACGACGGGUUGGCAAUGGCGCAUACCAUCAAUGGUUUUAGUGAGUUCUCUCAAGAAUUCGACAUCCGGAUGAGGUGGGCUGUCACCAACUUAACCUGCAGAUCAGCCUCGCAAAGGCCCGCAACUUAUGCAUGCAUCAGCGCCUACAGCGAGUGUAUUAAUGUCACCCAUGGAAUGCAAUACGUAGGGUAUCGCUGUAAGUGCUUGAAUGGUUUUUAUGGGAAUCCAUACGUCCCAGAUGGUUGUAAAGACAUUGAUGAGUGCAUUGAGCAGCCAAAUGAUUGCAAUGGAGUAUGCUAUAAUACUCCAGGAGGAUACUAUUGUACAAAUUGUACCCAUGGUAAAGUAUAUGAGCCAACAAAUGGGAAAUGUGUCACAUCAGCUAAGCAACACAAUCUUCUGUUAGGUAUUACAAUCGGAAUUGGCUGUGGUCUUGGCUCCAUAAUUAUUGCACUUUGUGCAAUUAUACUUGUCAACAAGUGGAAGAAAGGCAUACAAAAGAAGAUUCGAAGAGCAUACUUCAAGAAAAAUCAAGGCCUACUAUUACAGCAGCUAAUCUCAAAUGAAAACACCACAAACAAAACCAAGAUAUUCUCCCUAGAAGAACUAGAGAAAGCAACCAACAACUUCGAUACUACUCGUGUUAUUGGUUGUGGAGGACAUGGCACGGUUUAUAAAGGAAUUCUAUCUGAUCAAAAUGUGGUGGCAAUCAAAAUAUCCAAAAUUGUGGAGCAAAAUGAGAUAAACCAGUUUAUCAAUGAGGUUGCUAUCCUAUCUCAAAUCAUCCAUCGUAAUGUGGUGAAGCUUUUCGGCUGUUGUUUGGAAACUGAAGUGCCCUUACUAGUAUACGAGUUCAUAUCCAAUGGUACACUAUAUGAUCUUCUUCAUGCCAAUGUUAAUGCUAAAUGCUUGCUGUCAUGGGAUGAUCGCAUUAGAAUAGCGGUAGAAGCAGCAGGAGCAUUGGCUUAUCUUCACUCGGCUGCUACAAUACCAAUAUACCAUAGAGAUGUUAAAUCUUCUAACAUACUCUUAGAUGCCACCUUCACUACAAAGGUUUCCGACUUUGGGGCUUCAAGAUCCAUUUCACUUGAUGAGUCUCAUGUGGUAACCAUUAUCCAAGGAACUUUCGGCUACUUAGAUCCAGAGUAUUAUAACACCAGCCAACUAACCGAGAAGAGUGAUGUCUAUAGUUUUGGAGUGAUACUUGUGGAACUUUUAACAAGAAAGAAGCCGAUUUUUAUCAACCGUUCUGGCAUGAAACAAAGCUUAUCACAUUACUUCGUUGAAGGACUUCAAGAAGGUGAUCUUAUGGAAAUAAUAGAUCCACAGAUUGUGGAAGGAGCGGAGCAAGGAGAAAUUCAUGAUAUUGCUUCACUCGCACAAGCAUGCCUAAAGACCAAAGGAGCAGAAAGACCAACUAUGAAAGAAGUUGAGAUGAGAUUGCAGUUCCUAAGAACUAAGAGGAUGAGGAAAAUACACCAUUUUCCAGAAAUUAAUGGUGAGAUUGAGCUUUUGUUCUGCCCACAAGCUAGAAACUCUGACACACAGCUUCACCUUGUAAAUGCUACUACCCGUUUGCCUUCUGAAGAGACCUCUCGGGGCUACAGCCUAGAGAAAGAAUUUGCAUCCUCAAUCAGUUUGCCCCAGCCUAGAGAAAGAAUUUGCAUCCUCAAUCAGUUUGCCACGCUAACUAUAGCAUACGCAUGGUCAAUAACAGAGGCGGUUGCUGUCUUGGAAACACCUGAGCUGCUGUCUAUUUUCCACAGAGAAAUAUUUUUCUCCGUUGCUGAAUCAUUUCCAUUAAUUGGUAUGCAGAAAUAUCAGACUUUUGCAUCUGAUUGGGCGCUGUAUCUGCGCGAGAAAGAUAGUUUGGUUGUGCAGACAAAAAGGGGAGUAUUUUUCAGAGUUUAA